ACUCCAUCCCAAAACUUUUAAACACCAUCCUUCACCUUUAUCCCCUUGAACUUGGGGAUCUGUUUAGUUCUUCAAGUUGUUGACAAAAAGUUGUUACCCAUUUAAAUUUUAUUGUACUUUUGAUUUUGAAGUAUUCAGCAUCAUACUUAGCAAUGAAUUCCUUAAACUUAAAGCUUUUACGAAAACUGCCACUAUUCCGACAGUGCUGGAUUUCAACAGGGUAACCGUUCAGCGUUUAAGUUUAAGUUUAGUUAUCGAAGUGGCUUUUCGGACCCGGCUACCAAAAGUAAGAGGUUGGGAUUAAAAAAUGUUUAAAACAUUAUUGUUGGGUAGUAAGAUACAAUUUGGUAUCGAAUGAAAGUUAAUUGAAUGGACUAUAUGUUUGUCAACUUAAUUCUUCAGUUAAACUAAAAUAAACUGCCACAAAUGACACCCAAAUAGCAUUUAGUUUUAGACCUGGGUCCCAUUAGACCAAAUAUUCACAUGACACAUGAGAUGUCAUUUGUGGUAGUUUAUUUUAGUUAAACUGAAGACUUAGGGCUACAAAUAUAUAGUCCAUUCAAUUAUCUUUCAUUCGAUACCAAAUUUUAUCUUACAAACCCAACAAAUAUAUUUUAAAUAUUAUUUAAUAAAUAGGCAGUGUCUACACGUCUGGACGUAUAUCUCCCGCACUAUUUGUCCGGCGACCAAGUCACAUGACCGCCGGAAGAAUACUUUAUAGAGAUAUUUGUCCGACGACCAAGUUACAUAACCGUCGUAACAAGUGGCGAGAGAUAUUUGUCUGUCAGCCUUGUCACGUGACCGCGAAUGAUUCAAAACUAUUGUUAUUCUUAAAAUCUGUUUCUCUACCAAGUAAUGUAUGGAGUAUCUUGCAAACAAAUAAUAGAAAAAAAUACUUGGUUAUAUUACCAAAACAAAGUGGGGGUUAAGUAAUUAUGCAUUCUAGAAGGAAGCAAUGCUGAGAGGGAGAGAAUUACGGUAAUAAAAAAUACGAAUGCUAAAAAAAUAAUAGUAAUAGUGAGGGUGAUAAAUAAUUAAGUUUAAUAAUAGCGGGGAGGCCGAUAGUUUACCAGUACAAAGAAAUAGACCCUACUUUUUAAUAUAGGGCCAAUAUAGUGGUAACUUGGUCUACGUCUCAUGCAAUACUAAAUACUAAUCCUGAAAUACAACUUUAUUGACAUAGGUCUAUUGAAGGCUACUGGUCUUAUUUUAUUUGGUUCAUAUUUUAAAUUUGGGCUUCAAGGUAGAGCUUUACAAGAUGUAUUAACCAAGAUUAGGGACUUUUUCUUUGACUUUGAAGAGUUGGAAUCAAAUAGACUAGUACCGGUAAUAGUAGUAGUAACAGUACUACUGGUUAGUAUAUAGGCCGACGAGUUAAAUAAUCAAAGUCAAACACUUUAUGUAUGUUAGAGCAUUUGAUUAUAUUAACAUGUUCAGCAUUUAUUUAUUAUCUAGGGAUCGGAAUAUCAAAUUCAAUGCAACUAUUUUGCCGGAGACCACUUGUUACAUGACCUGCCGCAAUAAUAAUGCACUACCAGUCGUCCGGCGGUCACGUGACAUGCUCGCCGGACAUAUAUCUCCCACACUAUUUGUCCGGUGCGCCGGGCGUGUAGACACUUCGUUUUUAAUAAACCCAUUCUCUUACUUCUGAUACCGGGUCCGAAUAGCCGCAGCCUUAAAUUAUUAUUAUUUAUUUUAUAAUAAUUAUAAUAUAAUAUUAAUUUAAAUGUUUAUUAAAAUGUACUGGUGUAUUAUCUGUAACCCUACUGUAGUGCUUAGACUUUAAUUUGUACUGCGUUUUAUUACCAGAGGAGCUAUCACCAAGUAAGUAUAAUUUAUAUAAAGUAAAAGGGAUAUAGUUACUCGACACAAUCUUCAGUCUAGUGUUUUCCUCUAGUGACAAUUUCAUUAAUAUUUGAAUUUAUCUAUGAAUGCAACAAAUACAAAGCACAAAAUAUUCGUUAAUUAUAUCUUUUUAAUUUACGCUUAUGCAUAGAUUAGAUGUUUGAUCUCAUAAAGUUAAAGAGGCAUCAUGUGGGCCCUGCACCUGGGCCACCAAAUUUUAAGGGGUGUAAAUUGUAAAGUUGUAGUGUGGGAAAAAAUUUGAACUAUCUACUUUGCAUGCAGUUUUUUGCAGGGGGCACAAAACCGAAACCUUGCAUGGGGUCCUCCAAAAGUCUUGUGACGGCUCUGCUCUCAUAUUAGUCUUAUGAUAUCCUAUACAAUAAUGUGUAUACUAGAUGAAUAGUCCUGAUAGCAUGGUAAAUAUUUAUUGACAUUAUUUUAUUGGUAAGGAAUACUCAGUCCCCUAAAUAUGACCACUGGUUAUUUGAUGGUCCUAACAUUUUUGCUGAGAACAAAUACUUGGUUCCUAAAUGAAAUGAGAUUUUUUUGCUAUGAUGCAUCAUGAUUGUCUAAAAUGUUUACAUAGUCUGCAGGAUUGCGAGUGUUAAAGCAUAACGUGUAGGCAUAGGCCCCUAAAGACACAUUUUCUUUUUCUCUCUAGGUAUGUCAUGCAUGCCCAAAUGAGGCACAGGCACCACAAUCACAUCCAGCAUAAUCUUGGACUGUCUUUGCAAUAUGAAGAAGAUGUCGCAGUUAUCCAUCUUAAUAGUGGAUCAGAUAAUCGAAUCAACCAUACUUUCCUUAAAGAUCUUAACUCUUUACUGGAUUCUGUUAUUGGGUAAUACUUUCUUACUAAUUUUUCAGGUAACCUAUAACAAAUUAUUUUACAAUAUUCAUGUAGGCCUACCGCUAUACCGGUACCCACAAAAUUUUGGAAAAUAUGAAUAUAAUUUAUAUUAUAAUUAUAAAGAAAUAAAAUUGGCAAUUUUAUUUUCAUAAGUUUAAUUGAGUGUACUUUCAGUUAUAUGGUUUGAGCUGUUAUGUAUUUGGAACAAAAUAUUUAUUAUUGCCAGUUUUAAAGAUAUUUAAAUUUUCUUUUAUUAUCAUUACAUAGCAAUUCUUCCUGUAAAGGUCUGGUAACAACAGGAGAGGGCAAAUAUUACAGCAAUGGCCUUGACCUUGAAUGGAUGGAAACAAUAUCUGGUCAAGAGCUCAUAGAAUUUAUGCAUGAUUUGCAAAGGCUUUACCUUAAAAUUCUUCUAUUUCCGCUUCCAACUCUUGCUGUUCUGAAUGGUAAGUAAUGAUUGUUGAUUACAAUUAUAUUUUACCAGGCAUGUUGAUUUUGCUCAGAAUUUAAAAAACUAACCAGCAUCAACCAUUAAACAAAAUAUUAAUCACUGAAUUCCAUAUGCUUAUGAAAUAAAUGACUUUGUGUUACUGAUAAUAAAUAGGCACUUAUAAGAUUAAAUAUUCUUGGAUUUGAGUUUGAUGAACUCAGAUUAAAUUUUUAAUUUAAAAAUAUUUUCAAUAGGUUAAGAUUCAGAAAAUAUAUGAAAUAGCUUCCCUUUUACUUUUAACACUUUGGAGAAAAAAUUUGGGUUUCACCACAUUUACAGUUUUGAAGCUUUAAAAAAAUUGUCUUGAUAAACUUAACCAGCGGUUCUUAACCUGUGGGUCACGACCCCUUUGGGGGGGUCGCAUGACCAUUUUCUAGGGGUCGCCUAAUACCAUCUGAAAACACAGUAAUGAAGUAGCAACGAAAAUAAUUUUGUGGCUGGGGGUCGCCACAACAUGAGGAACUGAGUUCAAGGGUCGUGGCAUCAGGAAGGUUGAGAACCACUGAAUUAGACAGAUAUCAUUAUAAAUUGUUGAAAACUUCUAUUUCCUUUUCGAUAGGUCACACCUACGCGGGUGGAGCUAUUUUAGCUUUUGCUCAUGAUCUACGCACGAUGAAUUCAGAUAAGGGAUGGCUGUGCUUCAAUGAGGUGCAUCUCAAUAAAAGAGUCAGCCUGUUUAUAAAGGAAUAUUUAAAGUGAGGAACUCCUGAAAAAAGGGUUUUCUAAUUGUAACAAGAAUUUCUUUAGAAUCCAUGAAGAGGAUAUUUUUUAAAUUAGUUGUAGGUUUAAAAAGAAAUCAAUGAUUUGUUCUGAGGUGCCUGCUCUUUGUAAAUCUUUUAAUGCUAUCUUAUAAAUGAAUUACCUGUUUAGUGUUAUACAUUUAUAAAUUGGGGUAAUGCUUUUAUAAAUUGGGGUAAUACUGUUAUAAAUUGAUUUGCUUCCUGACAUUUAAAAUUUUUAUUCAUCCCAAUAGUGUCUUUUCUAAGUGUCCCUCUGAAACCUCUUUAGUAACUCAAAUCUUUCAUUUAUGAAGUGCUGCAUAGAAUAUUGUUUCCAUUUUGAAUUUAUUAUAUAAAUUUUGUAUUUCUGUUUGAGUUGACUUAAAAACAACUUGUAAAUGAUCACAACAGAAUCAAAUUAGGAGGCGGAAAGAACGUGUCAGAUGCCCUUGUGUUGGGUCGCAGAUAUUCCUCUGAUGACGCUCACAGAAACCACCUUGUUCAUGCCGCCCACCCGAGUCAGUCGCUGUUGGAUUUCUCUCUGCAAGUUCUACAGUCCUUUUACGGUAAGGACGGCUACACCCGACAGGGCUUGCUCAACAUGAAGAAAGACAUUUACAAGCUACCCAUCGAAGCCUUUGACAGAGAUGUGAAAGACAAGCUUCCCUACAUGGCCAUACAGUUUAUGACAGAAUCUCAACUGUCAAAUAUUGGGGCGUGAGGAGGUGUUUUUUAAAAUUUUUUAUUAAUUCACUUUUAUAAACGGAUUUACUGUUACAUGUACAGGGUAAGGCAAGAUACAUAAAAAGUGUCAGGACUAGAAAAGAUUUUGUGGCUCUUUGUAUGCUAUAAAUACUGUUUGUUGUUCUCAAAUUGUUACUUUGUUGACCCCAGGACAGUUAAGUCUGUAAGUGAAUAUAAUUAUUUUCCAUAUUAUUAAUUGUGUGUAAUGUAUGUUAGGUAACAUACUCAAAGUGAUCACUCGAGUUAUGGUAAAACUCCCCUCCUCCAAUUGGUUUUACUAGCUAAAUGUUUUGCUAAUCUAAGCUAACAUUGACUGACAUGACAAUGGGUAAACUGUCAAUAGAUUGUUUUAUUUUGAUUUAACAUUAUGAUUACCGGUAUGGUGAAACAACUGUAAUGUGAUCAUUGAUGUAAGUAACUUACUUAGUAAGAGACUCAGUAAAAGAUGUUGUUGAGCUCUGAGUAUAUCUCAGAGGCAGCGUACCCACGUGAUUGAUGUAGCUGUAAUGGAACGGUUGGAUUUUUUUUGGGGUCACCCACAACCACCACAGCCCCCAUGUUUCACUACACUGCCAAAGAAUCCUCUGACUCCUGGUCAAGUACCCCAGGACUAUGUCCAUGCCCUAUUUUACAUUAGAGUUUAAUUUCCAGUUGGUGCCUUACGUAUUACAACUGCAUCUACCGUGGGAAGUGCUCAUCAUGUAAAAUGGAAACUAUUAUUAUAAAAAAACACAUAUGUAUAUUGAUAGUUCCACUGUCGAAAGUCGACCAUGACCAUUCAAAACACCAACCUGUUGUCGGGGCUGAGUCUGUCUGUGAGUACGCAGAUGGCUGAUCAGGCCAAUUCUGCCACAUAAAGCUCUGGCGCAAAAGGUGCAGGGGAUGGAUGGGACAACGCCAGGUACAGAGUUAACUCUCGCUAUUCUGGCUUAUCUUUUGUUUUCUGUAGCAGCUGUUAUGUCAGCCUCAUGUUGCACUGAGCCCUUGUGUAUGAAAGAGCGCCACGUGCCUUGAUUCUUUGAGGACUGUUCCCACAUGUCAGGAUCAAUGUGAAAUGCUUUCAACGGAUUCUUUCAGUGUGACGUUUUAAAGACACACUUUUAUUUAUAUAUUUAACUUUAUAAUCGCCUUAACAGUUGUUCCCACAAAAAUUAUCUUGUUGUGAGUUAUAACAAUGGUUUUAAAUUACACUUCAAAGCUCGCUCAAAAACAAAGAUACCUAGCUAUUUAAAAAAUGAUACACAUUUGUUUUUGUUAGCAAUUGUUGAUGUUAUCGUACAUUAUCAUUUUGUGAGCGCUUUUGAUUUUUUUUUUUUUAAAGGGUCAUGGGCUAACACAUUAUGUAAAACUGCAUUAUAUUUCUAUGGGGGAGUUAUGCACUCUUAGAACUUGCUUAUGACUCUUUUGGUCCUGUUAAUUGCAUCUUCAUUUGGACAAUUUAAUUAUUCCUGCUAUAUUGUUAAUAAAUUGCCCAUUAUUUCUUGUAUAACAUAUACUUAUAUUUUACUACUUAAUGCCUCUUGAGGCAUCUAACUUCAUUUUAAAUGAGGUAAAUAAAAAUUGAAUAUAUAUAUUAUUGUGUCCAUUUAAAUAUGUAGCUCACUAAAAAUAUUUGAGAUAUCAGCAAGUGGUUCCCACUGACCUAACGCUUGCUUGCCUGCCCCUGUUAUAGUGUAGCAUUAAUUAUGAGACUAUGCCAAUAGAAAUAAACAGUUUAUGAAAUGAAUUUGGUUUGUAAAAAUAUUAUUUUUUUUACUAGCCGUAAAAACCUGUUUCCUUUAAUAUUUUUUUUUACUAGCCGUAAAAACCUGUUUCCUUUUAUGCUUUCUUAAUGAAGGACAUUUAGCAAAGACCGGGAAUCUUUUUUUCAGUGAAGAACCAUUUUUAUACAUUUUGUCUGCUAAUAAAAUGUUUUAGGAUCUGCAGGCAGGGGUUCCGCAAACUUUUUCCUCUAGUGGCUCACUUAGGACCUCCCCAAGAAUGUCACACCCCCACCACAAGUAAAUCAUACCAAAGUAUUGGAAAAUUUUGGGCUUGGUUAGUAGAGAAUAUAUUUUUUUAUAACUACGAUGAAGUAGUGAGAAGUUCAUGCAGGACCACUUGCCAAAUUUGAAUUUGGUGAGCUUAAAUGUCGCGCCAUCAUUCCUCAAUUCCUGAUAUUCCCUUUGAACUUGAUUUCAAAAAAAUUUGGCCGUCUCAUUCUUCAAGUGCUUUCAGAAUUUGAAAAAAAAUAUCACAGAGAUUUAUAUUAGCACAGUUGUUUUUUUAAUUAAUUUUUUAAUAGAGCAGCAUAGUAAAUGAGGGACAAAUCUAAUCACUAAUUUUAUAUGUGCACAUAUUUCGUGACAUCUGACUACAAAGUCAUAUUAACUUGUUAAUAAGAUUAAUUACGUAUCAAGUUUAUUAAAUGGUUGAUCUUUCUGUAGGCGCUGCGUUUUUCCCCCCUCCUGCAGCCCUUAUGUUGUGACACACCUGGCAGCAUCUCGCAUGGCACACUAGUGUGCAAGGGCACACCGGUUGUGGAGCUCUGAGACAGAGUGAGGAGGUGUACAACGAGAAGUAUGUCAACCUUGAGAGUUGGCCUGAUAUCAUUCUUAGUAAAUCAUCCGUGUGUUUUGUCAAGAUUCAUACCCAGUACAAUAUUCUAGCAAACACCCAUCAUUUGGCCUCAGAGCGAUAGUCAAAUAAAAAAACUUGAGUCCAAGGAGGCUAAAAAAUUUUGCAGGCAAUAAGUAAAACAACUAGUACCAUCACUUCACUACUUCACAAUGUUUGAGGGGUUUAAAAAUGACUUGUCUCAUGUUGUGAUAACCCUUGGGAAAUACUAAGGGUGGUGACAACGUCUCAGUAUUGGAUGGACAUGAUUGUUGAUCUUUACUCUCCAGCCGACAAUUUUUUAAGCGAGAAGCAUGUAAGACAUGUUAGUAAAAGUGCAUUCGUAGUUUUACUGUAAGAAGUGAAACUGGUACAUUUUAGGGCACGCUGCACAGUUUGUAGCAUAUGUGAUACAAUGUGAUGUUCAAUGUAAAUCUACAACCGCAGGUACAGAAAUGAGUCCUACCAUCACCAUUCACUUUGCUGUGUACGUUGGAUACACAUUUCUAUUAUUUUAUGGGGAUAAUCAAUUUUUAUCUUUUCAUAUUACUAUUACAAGCAUAUUAGGCUAUAUUGUAUCCAAUUAUUGAGUUGACUUAAACAAUUUUUUAUGUCAGUACGGUAUUCAAAAUUUUAUGAUUUGUAUUUGUAGCGUAUGAUCUUGUACUUUAUGAUUAAUAGUUUAUGAUUUAUAUUUUAUAAUUUAUAUGAAAUCUGAUUUUUGUGAAAGUAAUUUAUUGUUAUUUACAUACAAGACUUUAAUAGUGUUUGAAUAAAAUGUGUUUAUGUAAUUCUUAUUACUGACAGUUUUUAAAAUUAUUAGUAAUUGACAUUUGUUGUAAAAAUGUUUUGUUUUUAGAAACUACAAUGACUCAGGCUGACAUCUUUGUUUUGUUUGAUAGAACUGAAUGUUUUCAGGUAUUGAACAGC